UUGGUAGUUACAGUCCACCUUCUUAAAGGAAAAGAAGAAAGAACACAGCCAUAGAAGUCUUCCUUCAAGAAGUUAUCCAAGAAUCGUUAUGGAGAACUUCUGCAACUCUACUUUUUGGAAUUCCUCAUACCUGAAUACCCCGGAGGCAGACCUGCCACUUUGUUUUGAACAAACUGUUCUGGUAUGGAUUCCCCUGGGUUUUCUUUGGCUCCUGGCACCUUGGCAACUUUUCCAUGUAUAUAGAUCCAGAACCAAGACAUCUUCUAUAACUAAAUUCUACCUCGCUAAACAGAUACUCGUCGGGUCUCUGCUUAUACUAGCAGCGAUAGAGCUGGCCUUUGUACUCACAGAAGACUCUGGACAAGCCACUAUCCCUCCUGUUAAAUAUACAAAUCCAAUCCUCUACCUGUGCACAUGGAUCCUGGUUUUGCUGGUCCAACACAGUAGGCUGUGGUGUAUACAGAAAAAUUCUUGGUACUUGUCCCUUUUCUGGAUUCUCUCAAUACUUUGUGGUACUUUCCAAUUUCAGACAAUGCUCCGGGCACUCAUACAGGACAGCAAGUCUAAUAUGGUCUAUUCCUGCCUAUACUUCGUCUCCUAUGGAUUCCAGAUCCUGAUCCUGAUCCUUUCGGCCCUUUCUGAACCAAGUGAUUCAUCACAUAAUCCUUCAUCCACGGCUUCAUUUCUGAGUAGCAUUACCUUUAGUUGGUAUGACAGCAUGGUUCUAAAAGGUUACAAGCAACCUUUGACACUUGAAGAUAUUUGGGAUGUUGAUGAAGAUAUUAAAACCAAGUCAGUAGUGAGCAAAUUUGAAGUAUUCAUGACAAGAGACCUACAGAAGGCCAAGCGAGCCUUCCAAAGGAGGCAGCAGAAGAAUUCCCGGCGGAAAUCUGGAGCCACACUACCUGGCUUAGACAAAAACCAGAGUCAAAGUCAAGAUGUCCUUGUCCUGGAAGAAUCUAAAAAGAAAAAAAAGAAGUCUGAAGCCACAAAAGACUUUCCCAAGUCCUGGCUUAUAAAGGCCAUCUUCAAAACUUUCUACAUUGUGAUCCUGAAAUCAUUCAUAGCAAAACUAGUGCAUGACAUCCUCUUGUUUCUGAAUCCUCAGCUGCUAAAAUUUCUCAUCACCUUUGUAAGUGACAAAGACACAUAUCCAUGGGUUGGAUAUCUUUGUGCAAUCCUCUUGUUUGCUGUGACUCUCAUUCAAACUUUCUGCCUUCAGUAUUAUUUUCAAUUGUGUUUCAUUCUGGGAAUGAGUGUACGGACAACCAUCAUGGCUUCUGUAUAUAAGAAGGCACUGACCCUAUCCAACUUGGCUAGGAAACAGUACACCAUCGGAGAAACAGUGAAUCUGAUGUCUGUAGACGCCCAAAAGCUCAUGGAUGUGACCAAUUACAUGCACUUGGUGUGGUCAAGUGCUUUGCAGAUUUGCUUGGCUAUCUUCUUUCUGUGGAGAGAGUUGGGACCUUCUGUCUUCGCAGGUGUUGGAGUGAUGAUUCUCCUAGUCCCAGUUAAUGGAAUACUGGCUACCAUGAACAGAAAUAUUCAGGUCAAAAAUAUGAAAAAUAAAGACCAACGUUUAAAGCUCAUGAAUGAGAUGCUCAGUGGAAUCAAGAUCCUGAAAUACUUUGCUUGGGAACCUUCAUUUAAAGACCAGGUUUCCAACAUUCGGAAGAAAGAGCUCAAAAACCUGCUGGCCUUUGGUCAGCUACAGAGUAUAAUGAUAUUCCUCUUACAAUUAGCUCCAGUCCUGGUGUGUGUGGUCACAUUCUCUGUUUACGUUCUGGUGGAUAGCAACAAUAUUUUGGAUGCAGAAAAGGCCUUCACCUCCAUCACCCUUUUUAAUAUCCUGCGCUUUCCCCUGACUAUGCUUCCCAUGUUGAUCUCGGCCAUGCUCCAGGCCAGUGUUUCUAUAGAUCGGCUAGAGAAGUACUUUGGGGGAGAUGACUUGGACACAUCUGCCAUUCGACGUGUCUCCAAUUUUGACAAAGCAGUACAGUUUUCAGAGGCCACCUUUACCUGGGACCGAAAUUUGGAAGCUUCAGUCCGAGAUGUGAACCUGGACAUUAUGCCAGGCCAGUUGGUGGCUGUGGUGGGCACCGUUGGCUCUGGGAAAUCCUCCUUGAUGUCAGCCAUGCUGGGAGAAAUGGAACAUAUCCAAUCCUCCUUGAUGUCAGCCAUGCUGGGAGAAAUGGAACAUAUCCAUGGUCAUAUCACUAUCAAGGGCACUACAGCCUAUGUCCCUCAGCAGUCCUGGAUUCAGAAUUGCACCAUAAAGGACAACAUCCUUUUUGGAUCUGAGUUCAAUGAAGAAAGAUACAAGCAAGUUCUGGAGGCCUGUGCUCUCCUCCCAGACUUGGAAAUAUUGCCUGGAGGAGACAUGGCUGAGAUUGGAGAGAAGGGUAUAAAUCUCAGUGGUGGUCAGAAGCAACGGAUCAGCCUGGCCAGAGCUGUCUAUCAAAAUUCAGACAUCUAUAUUCUUGACGAUCCUCUGUCAGCUGUGGAUGCUCAUGUAGGAAAACAUAUUUUCGAUAAGGUCUUGGGUCCCAAUGGCCUUUUGCAUGGCAAGACUCGACUUCUGGUUACACAUAGCAUUCACUUUCUUCCCCAAGUGGAUGAGAUUGUGGUUCUAGAAAAUGGCACCAUCUUGGAAAAAGGAUCUUAUAACACUCUGAUAGCCAAUAAAGGAGUGUUUGCUAAGAACCAGAAGCUUUUCAUGAAACGUUUGAAUCCUGAAGAAGAGGUCACAGUCAAUGAUGACAGUGAGGAAGAAGACAAUGAUGGUGAACUAAUACCCAGUAUGGAGGAGCUCCCUGAGGAAUCCGCCUCCUUGACCUUGAAAAGAGAAAAGAGUCUCCGUCGAACCAUGAGCCGCAGCAUUAGGUCCAGUAGCAAGCACCGGAAGUCCCUAAAAGACUCCUUGAAAACACGGAAGGCGAAUGGCCUGAAGGAGAGGGAAGAACUAGUGAAAGGACAGAAACUAAUUCAAAAAGAGUUCAUGGAAACUGGAAAGGUGAAGUUCUCCAUCUAUGUGAAAUAUCUGCAAGCAAUAGGGUUGUGUUCCAUUGUCUUCAUCAUCCUUAUCUACACGAUGAAUUCUGUGGCUUUUAUUGGCUCCAACCUGUGGCUCAGUGCAUGGACCAGUGACUCUCAAACCUUCAAUAGCACCACCUAUCCAGCCUCUCAGAGGGACCUGAGAAUUGGCAUCUAUGCUGCUCUGGGAAUAGCACAAGGUCUCUGUGUGCUUGGCGCAAGUAUCCUGACUGUGUACAGUUGCACCCAUGCAUCAAAAACUUUGCAUAAACAUCUGUUAAACAAUAUCCUCCGAGCACCCAUGAGUUUUUUUGACACAACACCCACAGGCCGGAUUGUAAACAGGUUUGCUGGUGAUAUUUCCACUAUGGAUGAUAUGCUCCCUCAGACAAUGCGCAGCUGGAUUUUAUGCUUCUUGGGGAUAAUCAGCACCCUGGUCAUGAUUUGCAUGGCCACCCCUGUCUUCGCCAUCAUCAUCAUUCCUCUUGGCAUUAUUUAUGUGGCUGUUCAAGUGUUUUACGUGUCUACUUCCCGCCAGUUGAGACGUUUGGACUCUGUCACCAGGUCCCCGAUCUACUCUCACUUCAGUGAGACAGUAUCGGGUUUGCCUGUUAUCCGUGCUUUUGAGCACCAGCCGCGAUUUCUAGCACGCAGUGAGAUGGGGAUUGACACCAACCAGAAAUGUGUCUUUUCUUGGAUCACCUCCAACAGGUGGCUUGCAAUUCGCCUGGAGUUUGUUGGGAACAUGAUCGUCUUCUGUUCAGGCUUGCUGCUGGUUAUUUAUAAAAGUACCCUAAGUGGAGACACUGUGGGGUUUGUUCUGUCCAAUGCCCUCAAUAUCACACAAACCCUCAACUGGCUCGUGAGGAUGACAUCUGAAAUAGAGACCAACAUCGUGUCUGUUGAACGAAUAACUGAGUACAUUAAUGUGGAAAAUGAGGCACCCUGGGUGACUGAUAGGAGGCCUCCACCAGACUGGCCCAGCAAAGGUGAAAUCCAGUUUAAUAACUACCAAGUUCGGUACCGGCCUGAGCUGGAUCUGGUACUGAAAGGGAUCACUUGUGCCAUCAAGAGCACAGAGAAGAUUGGAGUGGUGGGCAGGACUGGAGCUGGGAAGUCAUCUCUUACAAACUGCCUCUUCAGAAUCUUAGAGCCUGCAGGGGGCCAGAUCACCAUUGAUGGCAUCGAUAUUGCUUCCAUCGGGCUCCAUGACCUUCGAGGGAAGCUGACCAUCAUCCCCCAGGACCCCAUCCUUUUCUCUGGAAGUCUGAGGAUGAAUCUAGACCCUUUCAACACCUAUUCAGAUGAAGAGAUUUGGAAGGCUCUGGAGUUGGCUCAUCUCAAAUCCUUUGUAGCUGGACUGACUCUUGGGUUGUCCCAUGAAGUGGCAGAGGCAGGUGACAACCUGAGUAUAGGACAGAGGCAGCUCCUGUGCCUGGGCAGGGCUCUGCUUCGGAAAUCCAAGAUUUUGGUCCUGGAUGAGGCCACCGCUGCAGUGGACCUGGAGACAGAUCACCUCAUCCAGACAACCAUCCGAAACGAGUUCUCCCACUGCACCGUUAUCACCAUCGCACACAGGCUCCACACCAUCAUGGACUGCGACAAGAUAAUGGUCCUAGACAACGGGAAGAUUGUACAAUAUGGCAGCCCUGAAGAGCUAUUAGAAAACCCUGGUCCCUUUUAUUUAAUGGCCAAAGAAGCUGGCAUUGAAAACAUUACCAACACAGCACUCUAGCAGCAAGUCCUAUGGGAUUUGAGACCGACUAUAAGGACCAUUCCUUGUGUGUGUGUGUGUGUGUGUGUGUGUGUGUGUGUGUGUGUGUGUGUGUGUAUUAUAGAGACAAAAUUGUAUAAAAUAUACUGUUUUUGAAAUGGG